UGUAAUAUUUUAUGGUUCUAUUAAUUUCCGGUUCAUGUUUAAUGCCAAAACAAUGAAUUUUAAAAUACCCUUUUUAAGCAUUUUUCAGAAUCCUUGAACACAGCUACUAUGGGUCCACUGACUGGUAAAAUAGAUGAAAAGACAGAGAAACUAGAAGGAGUUGGUACACUACCACCUAUAUUACCACUGAUUCAACAAAGUGGAUUACAAGCUCUAUCACAGGUUCUGGCAUCCAUACCAACUGAUACUCCAUUAUACACAUCCCAGCUAUCAGAACAAGUACAGUCAGUCACUUAUAGUCAACAACCUCUAUCUCCCCAGAUACCUGACAGUCAACAGUUACAGGCACAACUUUUAGCUACAUUACACCAACAAAACCACAGCCAGAACAUCAAUUGGAAUGAAAGUAUCGGAUAUUUACUACCUCAUGACAAGGAGUGUUCAGAUAAGAUGCAAGCAGUUCAGGCAGUUUCUAAGUCUAUACACAAAGAUUUAGGACCAGAUGAUUUAAAGGAUAAAGGUUUAGAAGAUGAGAAUGAAUCUAGUACUAAUGAUAUACAGGAGACAGAUGACAGUAUUGGUAAUACAGAAAUUAGAUGUUUGCCCAUGACCUCUGUCAAGUCUAAAUCCAGAUCUGGAAAAAAUCAACCAAGAACAUCUAAGAAAAGUCAAAAGAUCAAACAAUUAUUGUCACAUCAAGUUAAAACAAGACAGGAUAAACACUCACUGGUACCAAUAGCACCAAAAGAGGUAGAUCAUAUACCUGGCAAUAGCACAUCACCAGAAAGACAAAAUUCUAUUACAAACUCAGCAACAACUUUGCCUAAAAAUACAUUAGGUGUUCAAAACAGUACUUCAGUAUGUCAAACUUUAGCAUCAUCAAACAAACCUUCUCAACUAUAUGCUUCUAAUUUAAUGAGAAAAGUUCUUCUUCAAGACAUGAUGUCUAAUACCCAUACAGAAAUGAGCAGUCCAAUGACAGGGGUGUCUGUAACAAACCUGAUUCAACAAGUAAUACCAUCAGCAUCUGUAUCUAGCUUACAGUCAGAUCCAGUGACCAAUCCUGCCCUGUCCAGAUCUACAACAACUGGUCUCAAUACUGUAGGUCUUGCAGGGAACAUUUCUGCAUUACCAUCAGUUCAAUCUCUCAAUCAGUUCAUGCCAAUAGCUGGUUUUCAGCCUGUUCAAUCUUUGCAGGACCCACAUGCUACCAAUUUACAACCAACAGUUGCACAUAUGUCUGGUACCAGUACAUCAGUUCCAAGCAUGAACAACUUUUCACUUCCAUUUGGCAAUGUGUUGCCUGGUUUGCCUUCAGUUCAAAAUGGACUAACUUUGUCAAGUGCAACAGGGAUACAGACCACACCAAAUAUCACUCAGCUGUCACCAAGUUCUUUGUCUGUUAUCACUUCACUGAUUGGUCAGCUUGUUAAUUCAGAAUCAACACAACAUGGGAAAGAUACAGAAUUAUCUGUCACUAACAAACAGUCAUCUACCUUACAUUCUUUACCUUUGAUAGAAAAUGAAAUGACACUGUCUUCAGAAGUUGAUAAAUCUGAAAAAGUCCAUCACACUGAAGAUAGUAACAGUAGAACAAAUCAGCAGAUACCUGUGGCUGGUUUACAGCAAAAUGAUAUGACUGCCUUUGAACCAACUACAAUAUUGCAACAGGAAAAGCAACCAGGACAGCCAGGGUCUAUAUUGAUUAAAUCUACAAGUGGAGAAAAUGUGACAGUUAAUUAUCAACACAUUCAAUCAGUUUUAAGUUCUUUAAUAUCUAGUUUACAAGGCCAGUUGGAUGCUACUAGAAAACUGUAUUCACCAAUUAUGAGUACAUCUGUGCAAAAUGGUUCUAGCCAUGCUCAAAUUGGAUCUGGUCUUAACCAACCGAUACUGGAUAUAACUGGUUCUAAUCAAUUACCUGAUAUCCCAUACUCCUUUGUACCACUUCCUAUUAAUCCAAUUCAAUCAGAUCAUCAAAAUGAUAAUCCAGUUGAUCAAAACAUCUUAUCUUGCAAUUCAGCUGUAGACAUUGCUCAAAACUUAGCAUGUGAUAGCAGAACUUGUCAACAGACGACUCCAAAUCAAACUAUCAGGAAUAGCAUAGAUGUUGACGGUAACUUAAUAAAUGAGUCUGACAUGACUGGAGGGAACCAGAUAGGGCAUGUUGGUGAUAGAUUGGUGGAUGAAGCAUUUUUGUCUGAACAGUCUGAAGCACUUUAUGAGGAGCAACAUUUCCUGUACAACAAAAGCAUUGACUUUCUGAAUUCAAGAGGUGACAGUUCAUCUGUAACAAUAAAUAACCUUGAGGAAGGUUUAGUGAACCAUGAUACAAUGCACCUUACAGAUGAUUCAUGUUGCCAAGAUAUCACAGAAUCAAACACAUUAAAGGCACAAAUGUUGCUAACACAAGACCAAGAGGAAGAUUUCACUGAUGUCCCAAAUAUGUUUAAACAGUAUUGCCUAUCCUGUAAAGCAGCCAUGUUGAAUGAAGAUUGUCAAUUUCAUAAAAUUGGCUACAAUCAUAUAAAAGAUACUCCAAUAUUGUCUAAAGCCAGAACAUCAAUACCUAGUUGUCUGACCCUACAGCCUACAUCAACAUUUGGAUAUAAUGUUUAUUUGGGAGUGUGGACCAAAGAAAAUAUCCCAGCUCACACAAAGUUUGGUCCAUUGGCUGGUAAAAUUGAAAGUGAAUGUGAAAGAAAUUCAGAAACUGUUCAAUGUUUUCCUGCUUGGAAGAUAUUUUUGGAAACCCGAUCUGAGAUGAUUGAUGGAAGUGAUGAGAAUGAAUGUAAUUGGAUGAUGUUUUUGAAGCCAGCACGAUGUGAGAAAACCCAGAAUCUCAUAGCACAUCAGUUAGGCAGACAUAUUUAUUUUUUCACUACCAAGGAAGUGUUCUGUGGUCAGGAGCUACUGUAUUGGUUCUCAAAAGAAUAUGCCACUUUGUCAGGAUAUCCCUGCCUACCAGGUGAAGCUAGUCUGUCAGAGUGCCCAAUUUGUGGUAAAGUGUUCAUCGACAAGUCCACAAGAAAACUUCACAUGAAGGAACAUCCUCAUUACCAGAAGUUUAAAUGUCACAUAUGUGAUCACCUCUACUCUUCCUUGUCUUCAUUAAAAAGACACACAAUGUUACACAUGGGAGUCAAGCCUCAUAUCUGUCAUGUCUGUCACAAGACCUUCAAUGAUAGCAGUAACCUUAAAGUACAUCUGAAAGUUCAUACAGGUAUGAAGGUAUUUACCUGUAACAUAUGUCAGAAAACGUUCAGACAAAAGGCUCAUCUAAAAACACAUCUUCUGAUACAUACUGGACAAAAGAAUCUCAAGUGUUAUUUCUGUGAUAAAACAUUCGCACGUGAAGGGGACAGGAAACAACAUGAAUAUCAGCACACGAAAGAAAAAACGUUCAAAUGUGAGGAGUGUGGGAAAGUUUUCUACAAACUUCAGAAUUACAAACGCCAUUUAUUGAUUCACACAGGAGUGAGAGACUUUGAAUGUCAGUUUUGUAUGAAAACUUUCGGACGUAAAUUUCAUCUACAGAGACACAUGGAGAAGUGUCAAGCUAGGAAUGAGAUUUUUGAAGAAAAGGAUUUAAUACUCAAUAAUGUUGAUCUGAAGGGCAUUUUGAAUUCUUAAUUGUGCAAUAUUUAUAUGAAAUGUUUUAAUUUUAUAUGAUUGUCAUUAAAACUAUCUUUUGAAGA